GAAUGAGUAAAGAGGGAGAGACGAAGACAGGUUGAUAGACAUCAGGAUACGGUUAUGGCGUUGCGACACGGUUUGGACUCGCAGAUAGUAAUAGUUGGCUGUGGAAUAUCUGGUAUUGGAGCAGCUUUGAAGUUAACCAAACAUGGUUUCCGCAAUGUGAGGAUCCUGGAAGCGACGGGGCGGAGUGGAGGAAGGAUAAAGACAGGCAAAAUGGGUAAUAACAUCAUAGAGAUUGGUGCUAACUGGAUCCAUGGUCCGUCGGAGGCUAACCCAGUGUUCUGUCUGUCCAGACAGUACAGCCUGCUGGACCCAGAGAGCCUGACUCCGGAGAACCAGGACCUGGCUAUAGGAGGUCACCCACCAUGGGUACCAAACUGGUUCUCCAGCUCCGGUCAUAAGCUGACUCCAGAGCUGACGGGUCCUGCUGUAGAGCUGUUUGCUGAGGUGUUGGAGGAGGGAGGAGAGUUCAGCGAACAGGGAGGAGAACCGUACAGCAGUGUUGGGGAGUUCAUAAGGACAGAGGUGCGUCAGCGUGCAGCAGAGCGGUGGCAAGGUGACAGUCUGUCCUGUCAGUCUGUCCGUCUGUCUUUGAUCAGUACUCUGCUGAAGGCGGAGUGUUGUGUGAAUGGAACACACACUCUGGACACGCUGGGCCUGGGAGCCUUUGGACUGUACAAAACCUUGCCUGGAUUGGACUGCACCUUCCCCCGAGGUUAUGAAGGGUUAAUCACCAACUUGAUGAACGAGCUUCCUACUGGGGUAGUCUCCUACCAUCGACCAGUCAGCUGUGUCCACUGGCAGAGGGUGGUGAGGAAAGGAGGGAGAGAGUACCCUGUAGUGGUGGAGUGUGAAGAUGGAGAGAGAAUCCCAGCGGACCACGUCAUCCUCACUGUCCCUCUUGGUUAUCUGAAGAAGCAUCAUGGUACCCUACUCUCCCCUCCUCUACCCCUCCACAAGCUGCACUCUGUUCAGAGGAUGGGCUUUGGAACCAACAACAAGAUCUUUGUGGAGUUUGACCAACCCUGGUGGGACAACGACUGUGAGGUCAUAUACCUGGUCUGGGAAGACGAGUCAGACUUGGUGGACCAGGUAUCAGAUGUGGAGAGACUCUGGAUCAAGAAACUGUUUGGUUUCACUGUCCUCAAACCCACUGAGAGGUAUGGCCAUGUGUUGUGUGGCUGGAUCGCUGGUCAUGAGUCUGAGUUCAUGGAGACUCUGCCAGAACAGGACGUCACACACUCCAUAACACACCUGAUACGCAGGUUCACAGGGAACCCAACCAUCACUCCACGGCGUGUCCUGAGGUCUCAGUGGUUCCAUGACCCAUGGACCUGUGGCUCCUACACCUACACCGCCACUGGAACCUCACUGCAGGAUAUACACAACCUGGCUGAACCACUACCACAACAAGGGGAACAGCCUCUCCAGGUGUUGUUUGCUGGAGAGGCCACCCAUCCUUCCUUCUUCUCCACUGUCCAUGGAGCGCUGCUUACUGGCUGGAGGGAAGCUGGUAGACUCAUAUCUCACUACUCCGCGCCCAGCACAUUCCAGCCAACCAGAUCAAAGCUAUAAGGACAAGAACUCACUCGUUGUAAAAGUGUUAUAUACUGAACAAAAAUAUAAAUGCAACAUGCAACAAGGUUUUACUGAGUUACAGUUCGUAGAAGGAAGUCAGUCAAUUGAAAUAGAUAAAUUAGGCCCU